AUGCGUCGCUUUCUGUUCCUGUCGCUGUUGGCUGCUUCUUCUCUUGUGGUAGGCGGCAUUGGCGACGCUGUCACCGCGCACCUCGCAUCCCUCGGCGCUCGCAUCGUUGUCGGCUACAUCGGCGACUCGGCACCCGCGGAGCAGCUGGUCGCAUCCCUGAACGCGGCCGCGGGCAGCUCGGGGCCACGCGCGGUCGCCGUGUGCGCGGACGUGUCGGACCCCGUGCAGGUGGAGCGUCUGUUCGACGCGGCGCAGGCGGCGUUCGGGCGCGACCUCCACAUCGUGGUGACGGCCGCCGGGUUCCAGGACGCAGCGUACCCGGCCAUUCGAUGCUCGAUGGUUGCUUCUUCAUCCAGUCGCCACGACUUACACCAGCAGCAAGUCGCCGGGAGCGACAGCAGGAUGGGCCCGGGUGGCGGCCAAGCAGCCAGAGUUGUUGCACGGAAGACCGCCUUGCCGGUGGAGCUCACCAGCUCCGUCAUGGAGCUUGGCGGCGUCGGAGGCCCGUUCAGCAAUGUCGGCCUUCUCGAGCUCCUGCUGGUCGCCUCGACGCCCGAGGGCGCUGCCUCCACCCGCCGGCGCGGUGGGUCGAGCUCCAGGAGAGGGCGUCCGCUGGAUCCACCUCGACCUCCCCUCACCGUGCAGCUUGGCGGAGGAACUGCGCUAAUCUUCUUCUUGAUGCACGUGGGCAGCGUGUUCAUACAUGUCCGUCAGUCCGCCGGUGAGCAUAUUUGCCUUGCAGUUCCUAAACGCACUAUUUUUUGUAGUUUCUAUAGGCAAUUACGGCCGGCUCGCUCGCUCCGCCAUAGGGCGCGCGCCGUAGUUCGUCACCCAUGCUAUCUGCUCUGCAGCCGCUGCCCCGCUGGGAAUCUCUUUUCUUCAGUUCUCCGUUUUUAUCUGCUGGCAGCCGGUGGCGCCGAGGCUGUGCUCGACAUAAUAAUGCUGCUGAAGACGGACACAACAUGAAACUGGAUGGACACAACAUGAAUGCGCAUGUACCAGCAAAUUCAGUUGGUGGAUGACAAGUUCUGUUGAUAGCUGUCAUAAUGCAAUCCAGCCGUUUUUGUUUCUGAUUGUUUGUCUUUUGAGUCAUUCUAAUCCUUGGUUCUGUUUCUUUUUUGUGGACUUUUUGAGAGUUUUUUUACUGCCCACAUUAGUGAAUAUCAAAUGGACACAUGGUAUUACUGGGUACCA